UUCUGGGUUGUGGUUAAUUUUCGUUGAACGAAGCAAGCGGAACCUUUCUGAGAGGCGCUUUGAAGAUGAACACCAUCAACUUCCGGUUUACUAUGUUUUGAAUUAUUUUGAACCAAGAGCGACACAAGGACAGCCAUGUCGACACUGUUCCCGUCGCUUCUCCCGCGGGUCACCGAGUCUCUGUGGUUCAACCUGGACAGGCCGUGCGUGGACGAGACGGAGCUGCAGCAGCAGGAGCAGCAGCACCAAACCUGGUUGCAGAGCAUCGCGGAGAAAGACAACAACCUGAUGCCCAUCGGGAAACCUCUUUAUGAGGCAGCCUAUGAGGAGGAGGAAGAAGAGGAUGACGAGGACGAGGAAGACAGCGAGGAAGACUCCGAAGAUGAAGAGGACAUGCAGGACAUGGAUGAGAUGAAUGACUACAACGAGUCGCCGGAUGACGGCGAGAUCAACGAGGUGGACAUGGAAGGAGCAGAACAAGACCAGGACCAGUGGAUGAUUUGAUACAAUUUCCGUCAUAAUCCGUGUCUGGAUUUCUACUCCCUGCCUAAAAUGUGACCGAUGCCUAAGCUCUCUGUGACUCAGAUAUGUUUUAAUAUUUGUGUACCUGGGAUAAAAAAAAAAAAAAAAAGAAGUAGUUGAACCAUGCAAAGAGUCUUCAGGGGGAAUUUCAGGUGAAUCUUAACCUGCGACCCAUCAGCCUUGAGAGCUGGAGACAUGGGUGGACCUCUGCUGUGAAGUUUGCUGACUGGAGCACAUUUCUGUGCUCAUAUGGGAGAUUUGUGUGAAGAUGCUGCCCUCGGUCCGUAUUCCCUGUAUUUAACUGCAAGCUUAUUUAACCGAGACAUCCAGUCGAAGCGGCUCCAAACCAGUCUGGCGUGCCGACAGUCACACAGGAGCUGUAUUGCACACGCUGUACCCAGCAGGCUGUCAUUUGUACUUUGACCUGGUGAUAUCUUAAGUCAUGCGCUACGGAGAGGUUGCAAGCCGUUGGCGGAGAGCACAUUGCUUCGGUCAGCGAAAAUAAUUUACCUGCUAAAAUAACGCAUCUUAAAAAGUCGGCAGUUGUGUUUUAUUGCACCGGCGGUGAGUUUUGUUUAAAGACACUUUUUCUGCUAAAGGUUUAUAAAACCUUGUGAAAGUGCUAACGUGUUCCUCUGCCUAUCACUUCUGUUAUCUUUAUGGCGUGCAGUUGGGAACAAAUCUUUUGGUUAAUGUUGCAGGUUUGGACAGUUUGUGAGAAAUAGUUUUAAGAUGUUUUUUUUUUAUUUUUAUUCCCUUUAAAUAAAACAUGUUUUAUUAGA